CCUCGUGAAAUUUCAUGUGACGGCGGAGCCACUUCCCGUACCCCCCGUGCGCCGUCUCGCAGCCGAGGGCUCGGUGGUGGAGGGCCACCACCAUGGCGGCAAAGCAGCCCCCGCCGCUGAUGAAGAAGCACAGCCAGACCGACCUGGUGAGCAGGCUGAAGACGCGCAAGAUCCUGGGGGUCGGCGGGGAGGAUGAUGACGGUGAAGUCCAUCGCUCAAAGAUUAGCCAAGUACUGGGAAAUGAAAUCAAGUUUGCUGUCCGGGAACCGCUGGGGCUCAGGGUCUGGCAGCUGGUUUCUGCCGUCAUGUUUUCUGGGGUCGCCAUCAUGGCCCUCGCUUUCCCUGACCAGCUCUACGACGCUGUCUUCGACGAGGUAUCGGUGAGCAGCAAGACUCCCAUCCGGCUCUAUGGAGGAGCCCUCCUCAGUAUCUCGCUCAUCAUGUGGAAUGCCCUCUACACAGCCGAAAAAGUCAUUAUCCGCUGGACCCUGCUGACGGAGGCAUGCUACUUUGCCGUGCAGUUCCUGGUUACCACUGUCUCCCUGGUUGAGAGUAGCCGGAUAGCCACAGGUGCUGUGCUCCUCCUGGUCAGCCGAGCCUUCUUCAUCCUCAUCAGCAUUUAUUAUUAUUACCAAGUUGGACGCCGUCCCAAGAAGGUCUAAUUCCUGGGC